AUGUUUAGUACUGCAAUAUUUACACGUUUGGUUCCACACGUUAUUAGCAAACAAACGAUUCUUGUUUCAUCUUCACGUUCGAUAUUUUCGUCAGAUACACGGCUAACAUCAACGUCAUCGACAUUGACCACGCCAACAAACGAUAAAACUUCAAAAUCGCUCAUAUCAACAAAGACUGAUGAUAGUCAUAAUAUCAGUGCUGAUGUUGUAGCAAAAAUGCGAUCAUUACGUGCAAAAAAUCCAUUUACUUUAUUUGUUAAACAUAAUUACAACGAUUUUAAAGAGCAAUAUCCUGGUUUAAAAAUGACUGAUAUUAGUAAGAAAAUUGGCGAAAUAUGGAAAAAUUUAUCUGAUCAAGAAAAACAGGUUUAUGUUCAACAGUCACAAGAUCAAAAAACGUUAUACGAAAAAGAAAGGAAAAAAUUAAAUAUAGUUAGUUUGUCCAUGAUUCUUGACGAUGAAAAAGCAAGAAAAAUUGAAAAAGGGCUUCAUAUAAAAAAAUUGCCAACAAAAAGGCCGAGAAGUGCCUUUUCACUCUACUUGCAUACACUUGAACGGGGUGAUGCAGAUCUUGGAUCAUUCACAAAAGGUGCUGCACAGAAAUGGAGACAAAUGGCUGAACAAGAUAAACUACAUUUCUAUAACCUUCAUAAGGAUGAAAAACAAAAAUAUUUAAAACAAUUGGUUGCAUGGGUUAAUGAGAGUAAAGAACAAAAUGUAACACCAUCUCGAACAAUUCGUAGUUCAAAGAAAACAACAAUGCUGAGAGGAAAACGCGUUGUUCCAUCAACACGAAAAAGUAUCACCGUAUCAAAACAUAAACCAAACGCGAAACUAUCUGGAACGAUCGGAAGUAUCCCAAAACAGACAAGAUCAAAAAGAGCAACUACUGCUACGAAAAAAACAGCAGCUACUAAAAUUGACGCUGGUUCUACAUCGGCAUCAAGUUAG